CACAACAAGCAAACGAUAGUAGGAUGAAGACUUGUGGACUAGUGGUUUGGCUAGCGGUUGUCUGCCCAAUUUUGGCUACCGUUCAGCGUUACGAUGGAUACCAGGUGUACGAAGCAACGGCUAAAACUAUUCCGCAAAUGAAGGCUUUGAUGGAUCUGGCGCAGUUGGACUCGUUCGAUUUUUGGACUAGGAUCAGUUUGAAUGCGCCAACAGACAUAAUGGCGGCACCUGAUCAAGUCAACCAGUUACUCGAAUACCUAUCAAAAUACCAGAUCGAAUCCCGCACGAAAAUUAACAACGUCCAAGAACUAAUCGACCGUCAAGAGGACACGCCAAAGUUGGGACCACAUUCACCCCGUUACAAUAUGACGUGGGACAACUACUAUCGCCACGAAGACAUCGUGGAAUUUGCAUACGAGUUGGCGGCCACUUACCCAAAUUUAGUUAGCGUUUCCAGCGCUGGCCAAAGUUACGAAGGUCGUGAAAUGGUUCUGAUGAAAAUAUCCAGCGGAGGAGACGGAACGAAGAACGCCAUUUUCGUCGACGCAGGUAUCCACGCCCGUGAAUGGAUUGCUCCGGCAACAGUGACUUACAUCAUCCGUGAAUUGGUGGAAAACUACGAAGCUCAUCCGCAAUACAUCGAUGACGUCGACUGGUUCUUCAUGCCUCUCAUCAAUCCUGAUGGCUAUGAAUUCACUCACACCAACGUUCGAUUAUGGCGGAAGAAUCGUCGACCGAACGACGACGUCAACUCCACUUGUGUCGGGACGGAUUUGAAUCGCAACUUCGGCUACCACUGGAACGAGGGAGGAUCGAGCGAUAGUCCGUGCAACGAAAUGUAUCACGGCCCGGAAGCUUUUUCAGAAGUGGAAUCCAGGGUUGUCCGUGACGCAAUUUGGGCCGAGGCUAACCGAACUAAAUCCUACCUGACUGUUCAUUCGUACGGCCAAUAUUGGCUGACUCCUUGGGGCUACACUGCCGAUUUACCUGACGAUUACGAUGAAAUGUACGCUUUGGCAGCCGAGGCAGUGGCAGCUUUGACAGCUGUUUACGGAACCGAAUACCAAAUUGGUUCUGGAACAGUUCUUUUGUAUCCAAACAGUGGGCCGAGCGACGACUGGGCCAAAGGCGUUGCCGGAAUUCCAUAUUCCUACACAAUCGAAUUGCGGGAUCAAGGACCCGUCUACGGUUUCCUACUGCCACCUAGUCAAAUUAUUCCGUCCGGAAUCGAGACGUGGGAGGCAUUCAAAGUCAUCGCCGAAAACGUGGCGAAAAUGCCUUGAUAAAUUAUGUACUAAUGUAAUUGCAUUCAAGUGGUUGAUUACAACAUUAAACAGACAAUACACUAUAAAAAAAAAGAA